AACCGGAAGAAAACGUCAUUUUUGGCCAAUCUGCGAGCUCUGAAAUGACAUAAUGGAAUUUUCUGGGAUAGAAAACUUGCAAAUGCUUAUUUUUACGCCCAUAGAUAGAUAGAGUUUCUCAAGAGCGGAUAGAGUCGGUUUAGAGAACGAAGAGAGAAGCUAACCAAACAGGAAACUUCGAGUGAUUAAAAAAAAUAAUAAAGUUACGUAAGAAAGACGUAAAACGAAAGAUAAAACAUAUCGUGAGAGUGACGCGGCGUAAGAGCGCUCGACGAGGAAAACUAAAAGAGCCAGGCGUUUGGAUAACUAGCCCAGCUGUGUGACCCCUGGAUUGGGGGGUGUAGAAUGGAAACGAUCGCCUGUGUUGAGAAGCGCAGCGCCACGGCACCAUGAAGAAAGAAAUGAGUUUAAACCUGGACGACCAGAACAGCUCGAACCUCAAACCGGAUUUGCGGGACGCGGAAGGCAUACUCAGCUCCCAGGACCUGGGACUCCUGAAGCUGGCCUCUCCUGAGCUGGAGAGGUUGAUUAUCCAGUCGAACGGCAUGGUCACGACGACGACGACCCCGAAUUCUCAAUUCGUCUACCCGAAACCGGUGAGCGACGAGCAGGAGUUCGCGGAAGGUUUCGUGAAAGCGUUGGAGGACCUGCACAAGCAGAACCAGCUGAACGGCGGCGCCGCGACUCUCAACCGCCUCGCCACGGGCGCCGCUCUCGCCCUGCCGUCCGACCUUCCGGUCUACACGAACUUGAACACGUACGGAGGCAGCGCGCUGGGCACAGCCGUCAACUACUCCACGGACACCAUCCCUUUCCCGCCGCCGCCUCCAGCGUCGUCUUCUUCUUCUUCGUCUUCUUCGUCGUCGUCAUCGUCGUCGUCGGCGGCGGCCACGCAAGCGCGCAUCCGUUCUCCCAAGGACGAACCCCAGACCGUUCCCGACGUGCAGAGCUUCGGCGAUAGUCCGCCUCUGUCCCCCAUCGACAUGGACACGCAGGAGCGCAUCAAGGCGGAGCGCAAGAAGCUGCGCAACCGCAUCGCCGCCUCCAAGUGCCGCAAGAGGAAGCUGGAGAGGAUCUCGCGGCUGGAGGACAAAGUCAAGACGCUGAAGACGCAAAACAGCGAGCUUGCGUCCACCGCCAGCGUCCUGCGCGAGCAGGUCGCGCAGCUCAAACAGCGGGUCAUGAACCACGUGAACAACGGCUGCCAGCUGCUGCCCACCCAGGUGCAGGCGUACUGAGCAUGCUUUCACUUUUCAUCAGAACUGCGCCCUAUGAGCGAACACUGAUUUUGGUGCUCAUGUACAUAAGAAAGCUUUUUUUUAAAAAAAACAAAAAACAAAACAAUAUAUAUGUAUACAUGUUUACACCGUUUUGUAGCAAAUGGACUGAUAUGACGUCUCUGAGAACUAACUAACCCACCCUCCUGUGGUGCUUUGCUUACCUGCAGAUUUCAUUUCCUGUAUGCGUCCAAUAAAACAUGGCAUAAGAGAUUAGAUGAUUCAGGUGUGUUAUCUGGUUGAACGUAAACAGCAGGAAGGUAGGCCUAAACCUGUCUUACUGUCAGUGUAUGUGUGACAAGUGUAUUUACACUACUACGUGUCACAGUUCUCAGACUCUGGGCCCAGUUACCUGAGACAGGAGAAGACUUAAAGCAGCAGAAGCAGCAGCAGCAGUGUUUUGCAUGCAUGCUCAAUGAGACAAACUCUACGAGUGCAACCGAACACAGAUGUCGUGCAUGCACACUUCAUGUGUAAAGCCUUAAUUGUGUACAAACACUUAUUUUAACCAAUGACCUUAUCUAAUUUAUAUACAGCUGUUCACCCAAUGUCUUAUUUCUUUGUGACUGUUGUGACUUGUCAUUGAUUUGCUAGUUUAUUUGUCACAUGUCAAAGUACUGCCUUCUUGAACUUCUGUCUAAUAAAAGCGAUAAAAGAUGUUACAA